AUGAAGUCACGAAGAGCGCCGUUGAUUGUGAAAGCGCUAGAUGAGGGGUUUCAGAGGCCCACUGGAGAAAUAGACCCCUACGACGAUAUUCAGCUACAAAAAGUGCUCAAAGAGCUGUCAUUCGUGCGAAUCAAACUCGAUCAGAUUGUACUUCCCGAUAUUAACCCAUUCAUCCAGAAAUUGCACAAUUUUCGAGAGUUUUUUGGAUUCCACCUAGAAUAUUCGUUUCCUUGUCUUGAUGUCGUUUCGAAGUCACUAAAAUCGACUAUUCGGAUACCAGAGAAGGAAGUGGACGCCAUGAAAAUCGUGUUUAAUCAUCGACGAAUCGUUCUCCUGGACAUGCAUCAGGACCAAGUGGAGCAUUGGCAAAAGGCGCAACUCACCCUACACCUUCUAGUGAACAUGUCAGUAAACGGAAGGCAUACGACCCGCCCCCUGGCUAAAUGCCACGUACGCCUGUCUGACCUCCUCUUUCCACCGUAUAUAAUCCAUAGAGACUUUGACUUCGUCGGAGAUGAAUUCGAAGGAACCGCCGAGAUUCGAAUCGAUUUGGGAAGCCGAAACAAGGCGUUGAUGGAGAAAUUAAACAAUUUGAGAGGCGAUCGAAGUCUGGAGGACACUUUUGUGGUCGCCGAAAAAUCAGUGGGGAGGAGGACAAGAUCCAGGAGCUCUAGUAGAUGUCGUGCUCACUCGUCAGCGAGUUCUGCAACGCCACGCGCACCUAGUAUCGGUUCCAGAAGACCUCACUCUGCCACGUCGUCAUUAUCCUCCAAGGAGACACCGAUUCUGAGGCCUCAGCAACAGUUUUUCGGAGAAAAGUUCAGCCAAUCGACGCCACAAAAUGGCUAUCUGAAUGCCGAAGCACGACCUAGAAUCAACUCCAGCUCAUCGAUUGGAUCGGAUUCUGUAUUCAUUACAGUACCAGAAAAGCCACGUGUCUUGGAAGAUGAGCCACAAGCUCCCAGAGAACGGAUAACUCAGUUCGUGACCAAGUCUUAUGGAGCAUCAGCAGUAGGGGAUACUGUAGAAGAGUUGACGUGGCACGGAGGAAAAUAUUAUAUGCAGGUUACGGUACAUGAAGGUAUUGGACUACCGCCCGUGGAGGAUGAGAGCGGCCGCAUAACAAGUCCCUCUACAUUCAUCUCGAUCCUCGGAAGAGAUGGAGACCUCCGCUCGCCCGUUUACCGUAAUUCAAGAAACCCCCAUUGGAACUUCGUGGCACGCUUUGCUAUCAGCUCAGAACGCCGGAAUCUAGUAGUCAAAGUGAAUCAUCGAGGUCCAUUGGGAGAUUCUGCUCUAGGAUAUGUGACUAUCCCUCUUCCAACGGCAAACGCGCGAAUGGGGAUGUUCGAAAUGACAGAUGUGACACGGAUGGCAAUGAAGCAUACCAGUCAGGUACCAACGCUGACGAUUAGUUUGGAGAAAGUGAGGAAUAUCGAUGCGGCUGAGGGAUUUGAAGGGUCCGACGAGAAUCAUAGAAUCAGAAGAGCCACGUCUUCAAGAGGAACUUCUCCCACUCGAGUAGCUCCAAGCGUCCGUAUAGACUCUCCACCGAUUCUGGAGAGUAGCGAGGUUAUCAAGGAGAGAAUGCAACGAUGUAUGGCGGAUUUGGAGAAUAUGAUGAGAGGAAUCAAUCACUAA